AUGGCUGCUGAUGGAAGUAGAAAGUAUUCGAACCGAUUAAAGGAUGAGAAAAGUCCUUAUCUAUUGCAACAUGCAGAUAACCCUGUCGAUUGGUAUCCGUGGGGAGAGGAGGCAUUCGAGAAAGCCAAGAGAGAUAAUAUGCCUAUAUUCCUAAGUGCACACGAGUCGUUUGAAAAUGAAGAAAUAGCCAAGACGAUGAACGAGUACUUUGUAAACAUCAAAGGUGUAGAUAAUGUCUACAUCUUCAUUGGAAAUAUUAUUAUUAGAGAAGUUAAUCCUGAUGUCGACCAAAUUUAUAUGACAUUCGUGCAAGCAACAGCGGGUAGUGGAGGAUGGCCCAUGUCCGUCUUUCUCACACCCGAACUGUACCCUAUUUUUGGAGGAACAUAUUUUCCGCCAGAAGACAAAGGCGGCAGACCAGGAUUUCACAGUCUACUGCGUCGUAUAGCACAACUGUGGCGAGAACAACCGGACGCAUUGAGGCGUUCAGGGGAGAGUGUCAUCUCACAACUACGCGACUCUAUAUCUAUGGUUGAAGGUGGAAGUACAAGUCAUUUAACUAUACAGGCAGCCCACAAGUGUUAUAAACACUUUGCACGAACGUUUGACGCGGUUGAGGGAGGAUUCGGCGGUGCACCAAAGUUUCCGACUCCAGUACAAUUUCAUUUCCUCCUACGUUAUGCAUACUACAUGCAACAGAGUCUAUCACAUGUACAAAUAUCAUACGACAGCAUGACUGUAUCAGAGAUACGUAAUCGUGGCGAACAGUUAGGAGUCGAUUUUAAAGGAUGCAUAGAAAAAUCUGAAUUCGUGGAUAAAUUGAAGUCGACUGUGCAGGCAAGAAAAGAAGAUGCCGACAAAGCCAUUGAUAUGGUCAAGUUUACUUUAAAGAAAAUUGCGCGAGGUGGGAUACACGAUCAUGUCGGAAAUGGAUUUCACAGAUAUUCGACAGACAGAUACUGGCACGUUCCGCAUUUUGAAAAGAUGCUUUAUGACCAAGCUCAACUGCUUGCGACUUACAGCGACGUUUACUUAAUCACCAAAGAAGAUUAUUUUGCUGACAUCGCCAGAGAUAUCGUCAAGUACGUGGAACGAGAUUUACGAGAUGCUGAGAAUGGUGGAUUCUAUUCGGCGGAAGAUGCUGAUUCAUAUCCAUAUGAUGGGGCUCCACAUAAACUGGAGGGUGCAUUCGCAGUAUGGGAAGAAUCAGAAAUUUAUAAUAUUCUUGGCCGAGAUCAUGCCCAAUUGUUUUGUUAUUAUUUUGGCGUGAAGCCUUCGGGCAAUGUAGAUCCAGCUAGCGAUAUUCAAGGUGAACUGACCGACAAGAAUGUAUUAAUCGAGAAACAUACGGUUGAAGAAGCAGCCGAGAAAUUUAACCUGACACCUGAUGAAGUCAACCAAAUACUAUCUACAUCCAAAGAGAGACUAUUCAAAUACCGAGUAGAGAAUAGGUCUAAACCACAUCGAGAUGACAAAGUACUGACUGCCUGGAACGGCUUGAUGAUUUCAGGAUUAUCAAGAGCAUAUGACGCGAUUGGAGAUAAAAGAUAUCUUGAUCUCGCCGAGUCAGCUGUAACUUUCUUGCGGAAAAAUAUGUACCAUACAGAGCGGAAAGUCUUGUUGAGAAGCUAUCGGGAAGGCCCGGGUAGUGUUAACGGAUUUGUGGAUGAUUAUAGUUUCUUGAUUCAAGGGUUGUUGGAUCUAUAUGAGUCUACCUUCAAUGAGGAAUAUCUUUCCUGGGCGGUUGAGCUGCAAGAUAAACAGGAUGAAUUGUUCUAUGACAACGAAGGGAAGGGUGGAUAUUUCAAUGUUCCUUCGGGAGAAAAGAACGUUCUGUUGAGGAUGAAAAAUGAACACGAUGGGGCAGAACCAUCACCAAAUUCGGUUACCGUAUCCAACCUAAUCAGAUUGGCCGGUCUGGUGAUGGACUCAGACUACAAUGAGAGGGCGGAAAGUACCUUGAAGUCAUUCAUCAAGUUACUAGAGAAAUAUCCUUACUCCAUUCCAACAAUGGUGUCUGCAUUAAUGAUGAAUUUGGAAGGAACGAAACAAAUAGUCCUUGUCGGUCCUUUGCGGGAUGCAUUAAUCCAACAAUUUGAUCAAAAGGUUAAAUCCCACUUUAUUCCCAAUCGCGUAAUGAUGCAUGCCACACCCGAAUCCAAACUUUUGUCUACGCGUAAUGACGUAGUAAGUAGCAUUCUCCAAUCUGCCGCUGGAUCCGACCCCGAAAAAGAGAACGAACCCGCGCCCGCAAUACACAUCUGUGAAAAUUUCACUUGUGGUAUGCCUAUCAUCAGUGUUGAUGAGCUGGCAAAAAAACUGGAGCAAUAUAAUACCUCAGAAACGGCCGAAAACACAUAUGUAGUCUAUAAUGCGAACGUGUAUACCGUAGAUUAUGCUAGCAAGCAGAAAGCUGACACUUUUGUUGUCAGAAAUGGCGUGUUUCUGGAUGUAGGAAUGAAGGACGAAAUUCUGGAGAAGUGGAAAUUGGUAGACAAGAGAAUAGACGCUGGUGGAAAGACAAUUCUACCAGGCAUAAUUGAUGCUCAUGUACACAUAAUGUAUCUCGGGCAGUUGUUGACCUCUGUAGACCUCACCGGAACCAAAUCGAUCGAAGGCAAGUGUUCAUCGUUUACAGAAGCUAGAUCGCGGGUAAAAGCAUACAUCUUAUCCCAUAAAGACAAUCUAAAUGAAUCUAGCUGGAUUCGCGGUUUUGGAUGGGAUCAAAUGCAUUGGGAACCGAAAGAAUUUCCUCAUUGGAAAGAUCUCUCCGAUCUCGGUACUCCGUUUACGUGCCAUAUGCUCCUAACUCGUAUCGACGGUCAUGUCGUCUGGGUUAAUGAGAAAGUGAUGAACAUUUUAUCUGAUAUGCCAGAAUGUAUUGAGGGAGGAGAAAUUGUGAGAGAUAAAGAAACGAACGAAAAGACUGGCAUCUUCGUGGAUAACGCUAUGGAAUUUGUUAUCCGAAGGGCCCCGCCACUGUCCGAAACAGAGAAGUUGACCCAAUUGCGUGCAGCCAUCUCCCACAUACACUCUGUCGGUCUGACGGGUGUGCACGAUGCAUCAGUACCUCUUGGUGACAUUUCUUUCUUUAAAGAGUAUAUUUCUUCUACUUAUUGUUAUUUACGACGUCCGGUUCGAUCAUUUCUUCACGACGAUUUUCUCUUAUUCCAUCAUUUCUAUAACAGCGUGAUAGCUAGAAACCCAGACGACUUCAAUAUCCGCAACUACGCCAUGGUCGAAAGUCCACAGAUUAAUGAGUAUUGUGGAGACAAGGUUGACAUGAUUAUUGGAUAUGGUAAAGGUAGAUUAACAGUAAGAAGUGUCAAGCUGUUUAUGGAUGGAGCGCUCGGCAGCUGGGGUGCUGCAAUGCUCGAGCCAUACUGUGAUGAUCCCACGAAAACGGGUCUCCUCCUUUCAAAUCCAGACAGCCUCCAUGACGUCAUGCAGAAGUGGGUGUCCAAGGGCUUCCAAAUAAACACUCACUGCAUAGGCGAUCGUGCAAACAAGAUAAUCAUUGACGCAUAUGAGAAAGUAUUUAAAACACUCGCGUUAAAGGGUGCAGCUGACCUGUCUGACGAAAUUUUGGAACAGGAAACGAGACGAAUCGGAAAGGCGUUACGGUUCAGGAUAGAGCAUGCCCAGAUUUUGACAUUAGAUGACAUCCGACGUGCAGCUAAGCUGGGCAUCAUACCGUCAAUGCAACCAACACACGCAACGUCUGACAUGUCAUACGCUGAGGAGAGAAUAGGGAAGGAAAGGGUCAAGGGCGCGUAUGCUUGGCGAUCCUUCCUUGACGCUGGAGUUACCGCCUUUCCUCUUUCAUCCGACUUUCCAGUUGAGGCGGCGAAUCCAUUUCUUGGAUUCUACGCUGCCAUCACACGAAAAUGGACAGACGGGAACUCGCCGCAUGGGAAGCAAGGAUGGUUUCCAGAACAGAAGUUAACUCGCGAAGAAGCAUUACGUGGGUUUACUAUCGAUGCUGCAUAUGCUGCGUUUGCGGAGGAUGUGCUUGGAUCUAUAUCAAAGGGAAAAUACGCAGACUUUGUUGUUAUCGAUCGCGACAUUAUGCAAGUUCCCGAAAAAGAUAUUAUAGAGACCCGUGUGAUUGCGACUGUGUUUGGUGGGAAUGUUGUCUAUGGCGAACUAUAA